AUGGAGCCGUAUUUUGCUGGUUUUAAGCAUGUGCAGCAGGACUAUGAAGUCACUCUUGAACUUGCAAGUGAGGAGACUCAAAAAAACAGAAAUGCACAAAAUUCUAGGACGGGGUCUUAUGGUGUCAGUAUUAGAGUCCAAGGAAUUGAUGGACAUCCGUACAUAGUACUAAACAAUACAGAAGCAUGUUUGUCAGAAAAUCCUCCUCCUGGAAAAGAACAGCAGGUCGCUUCUCAGACGGUAAGCAAGGCAGCCACAGACUCCAAUACAGCUUUUAAGUUGGAGGACAAAAACAGUGAACACACAAAGUUUCCUGGAAUGCAGCCCUGUAUACUUAAAAGCCUAAAAAUAACCAAUGUGGAUGAAGAGGAAAAUGGAAUAUCAGGUUUUAAAGAUGGAACAAUGAAAUCCUCCAAUUUGUUGAACUUUCAAAGACAUCCUGAACUUUUACAGCCUUAUGAUCCUGAAAAAAGUAACUUGAACUUGGAUGAUUGCCAGUCUUCUGUGUGCAGUACAUCUAAAUCUUUGGCACAUGAAAAAAAUGAAGCAAAGCCUUGGAUUUCCUCAUCUAAAGUAGUGUCCCUACAGAAAACAAAUACGUAUCUUGCAGAGCCAACCAAAGCAAGUUCAAAAAAGAUACAUUUGAACGAGUCAAUAGAAGACCAAAAUAAGCAGCUCUUGGAUUGUCCUAGUAGCAUGAUCAGCCCCGAUGAAGUAUGUCUUUCAAAGUCAUUUUUACCCACAGGAGGGUCCCCAUGUGUUAGUCCCACUGCUUAUCCAGAGACAAGAAAACCUAGACCAGAUGUUCUUCCCUUCCGCAGACAAGAUUCAGCUGGACCGGCACUGGAUGACUCACGAAGGUCAUCAUCCUCAUCAGCUACUCCUACUUCUGCAAAUUCCUUGUACAGAUUUUUACUUGAUGACCAAGAGUAUGCCAUCUAUGCAGACAAUGUUAAUCGGCAUGAAAACAGAAGAUAUAUACCAUUUUUGCCUGGAACGGGCCGUGAUAUUGACACUGGUUCAUUACCAGGAGUAGAUCAGCUAAUUGAAAAGUUUGAUAAGAAAGUUGAUCCUCACAGAAGAGGUAGGUCAGGAAAAAGGAAUAGAAUUCAUCCAGAUGAUCGUAAAAGAUCAAGAAGCGUUGAUAGUGCCUUGUCAUUAGGGCUUGAUGUACAUUCAUGUUAUUUAGGUGAAUUCAGUAAAAGCUUGGGUAAAUCAGCUGAGCACUUGCUGAGACCAUCUAAAGUUUGCCUUCACAAGCACUUACCUAGAGAUCAAAAGUCAGCUUCCAAGGGCAUGAAGAUUUCUGCUCGAAGUAUUGGAAAACUGCAGAUGCCUGAAAAAGACACUCAGAACAGCAACUUCAGUUCUUUGCAAUACCAUAAACAAAAUGGAGCUGAUAACGACAGCCUGAUGUUUAGGUCAUCUACACUCCCAGGACAGAAUAAGAGAGAGGAAGUUAGAACAGUAACUUCUACUUUGUUGUUGCCAAACCGAAUCACAAUUCCACCUGAUUCAGGAGCCAAGAUUAUUUCUGUAAAAUCAUUUUCAUCUGUCCCUAAUAUACAGGCAACUCCUGAUCUCCUAAAAGGCCAGCAAGAUCUUGCACAGCAAACAAAUGAAGAGACUGCUAAACAGAUACUUUACAAUUACCUUAAGGAAGGAAGUGCUGAUAAUGAUGAUGCAACAAAGAGGAAGGUCAACUUGGUUUUUGAGAAAAUCCAAACUUUAAAGUCAAGAGCUGCUGGAAAGACACAGGAGAGCAAUGCAACCUCAACAUCAACAUCAGAAGUAAAAGCAUUGGUGGAACAAAAAGCAGAACUUGAAAGGAAAGUGGAAGAAUUAGAGAAAAAACUGGAUCUAGAAAUUCGGAAUCAGCAAAAUUCCAAAGAAGAGAGAGAUGCUACACGAGCAAACCUGAAAGAUCUUCAGUUGCAGCUUGAUGAAACUAUAUGUGAAAAAGAAGCCUUGAAAAAGCAGCUGGAAGAAAAUGAGAAGGAACUCAGGCAAAACCUCGAGGAGCUUUUUCAAGUGAAGAUGGAGCAGGAACAACACCAAACUGAGAUCAGAGAUCUUCAAGACCAGCUCUCUGAGAUGCAUGAUGAACUGGAUAACGCAAAACAUACUGAUGAAGGGGAGAAAGAGGUUCUGAUUGAGGAGCUGAUGCAAAUGAAGCAGGAUCUAGAAGAAGUAUUAAUAGCGAAAGAUCAACAAGAAGAGAUUUUGAGAAAGAGAGAGAGGGAGCUUACAGCUUUAAAAGGAGCACUAAAAGAAGAAGUAUCUAGCCAUGACAUGGAGAUGGAUAAACUUAAAGAGCAACACAAUCAAGAAUUACUUAGUCUACAACAAAGCCUGGAGAAAGCAACAGAGAGUGCUGCCGUCCUUGCCAGUGAAAGAAAUACGGCCGAAGAGGUGCGAAAUAGUAUAGAAAAUCAAGUCAAAGAGCUGACUGAGGAAAAUGAGCAGUUGAAAAGAAUAGUUGAUGAGCUAGAGAGUAAAAUUGAAGAGCUGCACAAACAAAUUGAUAAUGUGAAAGGAGAAGAAAAUUCAGUGAAGGCAAAAAUAAAGAGAUACGAGGAAGAGAAGCAACAAUUAGAAGAAGCCUGGAAGCAUGCUGAAAAGGAGGCAAAGGAAUUGGUAGUGUUUAAAAUGUCUUUGGAAAGACAACUAGAAGAUAUGCAGGGGAACAUCCGUUGUAUUUCACAGGAACGACAACAGUUAAUUGAGCAGCUGAAAGAUGAAACUCACCAGAAGGAACAGUUAAAACAGAUAAAGAAUGAGAUGGAGAAUGAACGACGGCAACUGAACAAGAUUAUUGAAAAGUUACAGGAGGAGAUGUCUGAAAUGGUAGAGGUCUCAAGAACAUCAACUCUGGAGCUUCAGAACCAGCUUGAUGAAUACAAGGAGAAAAAUCGCAGGGAACUUGCAGAUGUUCAGAGACAAUUAAAAGAGAAGAACCUUGAGGUAGAAAAAUCGCGCCUGACAGCCAUGAGACUACAAGAUGAGAUGCGUCUUAUGGAAGAAGACUUGAGGGACCACCAGAGAGCUCAGGAUGAGGCAAUAACAAAAACUCAAUUGCUAGAGCAGACUGUGAAAAGCUUGGAAUAUGAACUGGAAGCCAAAAACCACUUAAAGGAUGAUCGGGCAAGACAAAUCAAAUUAAUGGAGGACAAGUUAUCUCACCUGGAACUUGAGCUUGAUGAAGAAAAGACUAAUUCGGAUUUGUUGUCUGAGAGAAUCAGUAGAUGCAGAGAACAGAUUGAACAAAUGAGGACAGAGCUACUUCAGGAAAGAGCUAUAAAGCAAGAUUUGGAGUGUGACAAAAUUUCAUUGGAAAGACAGAACAAAGACUUGAAGAGCCGAAUCCUUCACCUGGAGGGUUCUUACCGAUCCAGUAAAGAGGGACUUGUUGCUCAAAUGGAAGCAAGGAUCACAGAACUAGAAGAACGACUUGAAAAUGAAGAGAGGGAUAGAGCUAAUUUGCAACUAAAUAAUCGCAGACUUGAGAGAAAAGUGAAGGAGUUAAUGUUGCAAGUAGAUGAUGAGCAUCUCUCAUUGACUGAUCAAAAGGACCAGUUGAGUUUGCGUUUGAAAGCAAUGAAACGCCAAGUUGAAGAAGCUGAAGAAGAAAUAGACAGACUGGAAAGUGCUAAGAAGAAACUCCAGAGAGAACUGGAAGAACAACUAGACAUGAAUGAACAAUUGCAAGGACAGCUUAAUGCUGCAAAGAAGGAAUUAAGACUGAAGAAGUCGCCAAAUAAAGUGUUGGCUGAUUCCGAUGAUGAUGACGAUGAUGAUUUCAGCACGGAUGGUGAUAGUGUCUGUGAAGUAUCUUCAGGAAAUAACUUUUCAAAAGAUGAUGAGACAAAACCCUAAAUAAAUUCUGAAUCUGCGAUUCCUUGAAAAUACUGGAAGAAUAAUAUAAAUUAUCAAGAAAUGGAUGUUCUAGAAGCCAAGUGACAAAGGGAUUUAAGAGUUGGGAAUAUAAUGUUUCUAUCCAUACUGUUCCAUUUUCUUGCUUAGAUCUGUGCUGUUUAUUACAGAAAAUAGGACUGCAUUAUAAAACAACUAUAAAAUAUGGAUAUAUUGAUAUAUAACAACUACUGAAAACAUGGGCAUAAUGUUUCACAUUGGAAAUGGUGAUUUUGGUAAAAUUCUGUUUAAGUAAAAAGCCAUUUGAAAAUAAUUAAUAAUUAGUUUGUAGUUAAUAAAAGCUUUUCCCUAAAAUUAAGGAAACCACAGAAGAUUAUUUAAUAAUUGUAAGUAGGGGGAAAUAAUGUAUAAAAUGUAAAUAUUUUAAAUGUGAUCUUUUUAUUGAGUACUUUAAUACUAUUUUGUAAAGUUUCACAUAUUAUAUAGAUCAGCUUCAUAUGUAAAA